GAUAAAUAAUGUAUUUUUCCAGAAAAAAUGGAGGAUCGGCAUGACAGGGUUAUUGUACACAUUGAUCUUGAUUGCUUUUAUGCCCAGGUUGAGAUGAAUAAGAAACCUGAGCUUCGAGACAAACCUAUGGGAGUACAACAGAAAAAUAUUGUUGUAACCUGUAACUACCCAGCCAGGGCUAGAGGUGUGGGGAAGUGUAUGUAUAUUACUGAGGCCCGUGAGAUUUGUCCUGAGUUAGUUCUAGUGAAUGGUGAAGAUCUUGCAGAAUACAGACGAGUCAGCACAGCUGUUUAUUCAUCUUUAUGUGAAACAGGGAGUCCUGUUGAAAGGUUGGGUAUGGAUGAGAACUGGCUGGAUAUUACUAAAAUUAUCCAAGUUCGACGUAGAGAGCAAAACAUGACUGAUAUUUCGUUAAGUGGUAAAGUAUGUGGAGAGCUUGAAUGUGAAGAGUGUGAAUGCAUAGAUAAUCUCAAAAUAGGAUCCGUCAUAGCACAGGAGCUGAGAAUGAUGUUGAAAGACAAGCAUAAUCUUUCAUCCAGUGCAGGUAUAGCGCAUAACAAGGUUCUCGCCAAGCUGGUUGGAGGUGUGAACAAACCAGAUGAUCAGACCGUCAUUGCUCCGGGUUCAGCUCUUUUACUUCUUAAACAUGAUCUCCGGGUUACCAGUAUACCAGGUGUGGGAAGAAAAACAGGAGAGCUGCUUUCUGCAGCUGGGAUUGAAAAUUUAGAGCAGCUUAGAGCUGCUCCCGUUGAGGAUGUAGAAGCAGUGGGAAUAUCGAGGGUUCAGGCAGAUGUUAUCAAAGGACUCUCCUGGGGUCGGGACAAUUCAGAGGUCAAAAUGUCAGGUCGACCGGCAAGUUUAGGCCUCGAGGACAGAUUUCUGGGAAUAUAUACAAAGGAAGAGUGUGCUGAAAAACUAAGAUGGCUGCUGGGUCGUCUUCUUCUCUUACUUGCCGAGGACGGGAGAAAGCCGACUACAAUUAAGAUUACGGUCAGGGAUUAUUACAAGGACAAACUUGUAAAGAAGUUCCACAAAGAGAGCCGACAGACAAAAGUAAGUCCCAGACUAUUCCAGUUUGAGAAUGGUUCUAUUAAACCUGAUUCUGAAACAUCUCUAGUCGACCAGUUUCUGGUUCUCCUGGGGAAGAUGAUCGAUUACUCCGACAGCUUUCACAUCACCCUCCUGGGCAUUGCUGUCACGGACUUCGUGGACCAGGUCGAGAAGAAGGGGUCCAUUAAAAACUUCUUCAUAAGUCCUAAAAAGGAUGGAAUUCCUCAAAGUGUUCCCACUGAGCUGAGCAAACCAAAGAAAAACUUGUUCUCUGAUGAUUCUGAAGAAAGGGCGCAGAAACGAAAACAAUCGUCCGAGGAGGAUUUUUCUAAAAAAUCUAAAGUUGAGAUUAUGGUCAAAGAUACAAAUGCAAACCUGUUGGUUAAUCCAGGACCUGGAGAACCUAAACCCGUCCCAUCAACCUCUGCUCCUAUUUCUUGCUCAACCUGCCCUCCAGAGUACGACCCAGAGGUCUGGAAAAACCUUCCUGAAGAUCUUAAACAGGAAUUAAUAAGGAACACUUACACCACUGAUAAAGUAUUAAUGGGGAAAGGAUCAAAAAUAUCUACGGAGUCUAAAUCUAAACCAAAUUGCUCCAAGCUCUCUCCGGAGUACAAAUCUAAACUAAAUGGCUCCAAUCUAUCCCCGGAGUCUAGAUCUGACCCAAAUAGCUCCAAGCUCUCCCCGGAGUCUAGAUCUGAACCAAAUAGCUCCAAGCUCUCCCCGGAGUCUAUAUCUAAACCAAUGCUAGAGAUCCCCGUGUGUCCGAAGGGAUUGGAUCCCGAAGUCUUCGCUCAGCUACCAGAAGAUAUUAGAAAAGAGUUGUUAUCUGAUUCAGCAUCAGCUGUAAAACCGAAGAAAACUACUCCGCAAACUAAAUCCUCGAAAAACGCUAAAAAAGGGUCUGCCACAAAAUCCAAAGAAAAAAAUUCCAUUUUAAAUUAUUUCAACCGAUCAUAAUUUAAAAACUUUAAUUAAAUUAAAAACGAAUUCCCCUUCAAACUCGUUUUAACUUCGUCCCCUCCCCCUUAUUUUGAAAAAUGUUAUGCUGAAAUAAACCUUAUGAUGAAAAAGAUGAAUUAAAAAUAUUUCAAAUAAAGAAAAACGAAGUUUAAAGUUCCAUUGAUUUUGUUUACUUACUUCAAGUUUUCAAAAAACUUAAUCACCUCUUCCACAUUUUUCCUUUCAGCUUAAACAAAAUGCUGGCUAUUAGAAUAUCCUCAAAUAGUUUUCUAAAAGUCAAAGCAUGGUUAUUUAAUCGAAAUAUGAAAUAUAUCCAAUUUUUUAAAUAAACCAUUUUACUGUGAUCAAAUGUACACCUUGUUUAAUUUUUAAUAUCUAGUCUAUAUCAUAAAGAAAUAUACUUUUGUUUUUAA